UCCCUGCCUUCUCUCUCCCUCUCUUCCUCCCUCCUGGUUGAUGUGUGCAGUCCUGAAUCUGACGGUGGUGGAUCUCCCUGGUCUCACCAAGGUCCCAGUGGGUGACCAACCUCCCGAUAUUGAGUUCCAGAUCAGAGACAUGCUCAUGCAAUUCAUCACGCGAGACAACUGCCUGGUUCUGGCCGUCACCCCCGCCAACAUUGACCUCGCGACCUCUGAGGCUCUCAAACUAGCCAAAGAGGUGGACACUACCGGGGUUCGUACCAUAGGUGUCCUGACAAAACUGGAUCUGAUGGACGAGGGAACAGACGCACGAGACAUUCUCGAAAACAAAGUGUUCCCGCUGCGCAGGGGGUAUGUGGGUGUGGUCAACCGGAGCCAGAAGGACAUCGACGGAAGGAAGGACAUCAGAGCCGCACUGGCUGGCGAGAGGAAGUUCUUUCUCUCUCACUCUUCCUACCGCCACAUGGCUGAUAAACUGGGCACUCCUUACCUCCAGAAGGCACUCAACCAGAUGCUGACCAACCACAUCAGGGACACUCUGCCGUCACUGCGGACCAAGCUGCAGGCGGAGGUCCUGUCCAUGGAGAAGGAGGUGGAGGAGUACAAGAAGUUCAAACCAGGAGACCCCGCCAUGAAGACCAAGGCCAUGCUCACGUUGGUCCAGACGUACAGUCUGGAGUUUGAGCGGAGGAUAGAGGGAGGAGGGACUUCAGAUGGAGCCGCCUCCCAGGAGCUCAGCGGAGGAGCCAAGAUCAGCAGAAUAUUCCACGAGAGGUUCCCUUUUGAGCUGGUCAAGUUGGAGACGGAUGAGAAGCAGAUGAGGCGGGAGAUUAGCUACGAGAUAAAGAACCAGCUGGGAGUCAGAGUUGGUCUGUUCACUCCUGACCUGGCGUUUGAGGAGAUAGUGAAGCGACAGAUCAAGAAGCUUCUGCAGCCGUCCCUCAAGUGUGUCGACAUGGUGUCCACGGAGCUGGGAGCCGUCGUACAGACAUGUUCAGAGGGGAUGGCCAAGUACCCACGGCUGAGAGAUGAGACUGAGAGAGUCCUGUCCACGCAGCUCCGGGAACAAGAACAGGCUUGCAAGCAACAUGUGAGUCCAUGCCUCCUCCAUCACUCUCUCUCUCUCUCUCUCUCUCUCUCUGUAUUCCACCUUACCUCUCUGGCUGUCUGUAUUCCACCUUACCUCUCUGUCUGUAUGUGCUGUGGUCCACAGCUGAAGCUGAUGGUGGAGAUAGAGCUCUCCUACAUGAACACCAACCACCCUGACUUCAUUGGCUUCGACAGAGCCUCCAAGACCAAACAAGGAGGCACCCGGACUGCCAGCCACCAGCUCAUCCGCAAGGGCUGGCUCAGCAUCCCCGUCUCCCUCAUCAAGGGCUCCACCAGAGAAUACUGGUUUGUCCUCAGCUCUGACAGCCUCACCUGGUACAAGGACAAUGAGGAGAAGGAGCAAAAGUACAGUCUGAGACUGGAGGACAUGAGGGUGAGGGAUAUCGAGGCCGGCCGCUUCUCUAUCGGCAAGAAACAUGUGUUUGCUCUCUUCUAUACCACUGGCAAGAACGUGUACAAGGACAAGGACCAGCUGGAGAUGGUAGCUCAGAGUGAGGAGGAGGUGGAGAACUGGAAGGCCUCUCUCCUCAGAGCUGGUGUCUAUCCUCAAUCAGACAGCAGCUCCAGAAUUGACAGUGGAGAACAGGAUUCCAUUGAUCCCCAAUUAGAGAGGCAGGUUGAGACCAUCAGAAACCUGGUGGACUCCUACUUCUCCAUCGUCAGCAAGAACAUCAGGGACUCCGUCCCCAAGAGCAUCAUGUUCAUGAUGGUCAACAAGUUGAAGGAGUACAUCUCAAAGGACCUGCUGGCCAUGAUCUACGCAGCGGGGGACCAGUCAGAGAUGAUGGAGGAGAGUCAGGAGGCCACUCUCAGGAGAGAGGACAUGAUCCAUAUGUACCACACCUGCAAUGAGGCCCUAUCUCUCAUACGAGAUGUCACCUCAAAGACUUGUAUGGCUCCAUCUUACAGCCUUGCAGACAAAACGCACAUGACUGACAAACAGACCUCACUUUCACUUUAGUGCACUUUUGCCAAGAAUACAACCUUUAGCCCUGAAAACAUCUUACUUCACUUGAACGUAGCCAACUCUACUUUUGGUAGAAUUCUGGCAUAAGAAAUGUGCAUAAUUCUUCCCUCUUUCCUCCUCUCUGUCUCCACACUUCACCUGAACUUAGCCAACUCUUAUUUUGAUGUCCAUUUCCGUUUCAUUUAUCCCCCCACUUGCAGUGCACACGCCCCUGCCACCUCCUGUGCAGUAUGACGACCAGUCAGACAGCCACCACCGCCACCCAGGAGUCGCCCCAAUCCCCCCGCCCCUCCCGCCCGACACGCCCAACUCCGGUCGAUCUCCCGUACCUCCUGCUAUUAACAACGACAGGCCUCAUGUCCCACGACGUCCUUCAGCAAACCCAGGACCUGGAGGGACACGCCCUGCCCCACCCCCACCACGCCCCUCUGUCCCACAGAGACCUCACUAGACCACACCCACCUCCUUUUAUGGAGACUUUUAGAAAACAGUUAUAUAUAUAUUAUUGUAUUAAUACUCUUGCUUGACGCUAGUUUUUUAUCAUAAUUGUAUAUUAUAUUAUUUGCAUAAUUAUUGCAGUUAUUACGUAACAACCAACUCUGUGCCACGACAAUAUGCAUGCAAGAACAAAAGAUCGACGUUUGCUUCACUUGUUAAAGUCAUUUUUACAAAUUGAAGAUGAAGGUUUAUUAAUGAUGGAGAACAUGUGACAGUUUUCAUUAAUGAAGGUUUAUACAGAGAUGACAUCACCGGUACAGCAGGCACAAGGCACCACCUCACUCUUCCCCCUCUCCACACCCUCACCAAUCACUGACAGAAGCUGGAAUAUACGGUCCACUGUCUCAGUUGAGGUGUGAGGGGGAGGAGGAGGAGGAGGAGAGGGUGUGAUGUGAUGAGCACGUGUGAAUUGGCGGAGAUGGAGGGGGAGUGAUGAGGGAGAUGAGGGAGGGGGUGGAGGAGAAGGAGCUUCAUGUGAGG